ACUAAUCAAAAGUAGUAACAAUUUAACAUUUUCAGGUGGCAAUAGAGAAAAGUUAUCUCUCUUUAAGCUCUUAUAUCGUAUAAUCAUACUUCAAUAUAGUACAUUUAUAAAUCGCCUAGAAAUUUUAAGUGUGAGUGCUAUAAAGAUAUCAAAAAAUGCGAUUAGGGAAAAAACAUUUUGAAAUUGCUACAAGAUGGAUUCCGUCAAUAGCGACGUAUGGAACAGCUGCUGGUUUGGCAUUGAUCUAUUUUACUGAUUGGAAAGCAGUAUGCAUAUAUAUACCUUUUUAUGGAGACAAAUUCAAGAACUAAUUUUCUAAAUAUUUAUUGUAAUGUGUUACUUAAUAAAUUAUAGUAUUAUAUA